AUGAAGGUAAUCGUCCUUGUUUUGGCCAUCUUCGCUUUGGCUGCUGCAGUCCCAAAGCCAACUAAGUUGCACUAUCGCAACUUGUACAAACCCCCCGUGGGCCCCAUCAAACACCGCCCCAUCCCCAGAAUUAUCAACGGCCAGGAAGCCACCCCUCACUCCAUCCCCUACCAAACCUUCCUCGAGGUCUACGCCGAAAGUGAGGGUUGGUACUGCGGUGGUUCCCUCAUUUCGCAAAACUACGUGUUGACUGCUGGUCAUUGCGGAGUCGAUGCUACUGAAGCCCAUGUCACCCUCGGGGCCCACAAACCCCUCCAAGCCGAAGACACCCAAGUCAAAAUCGUGAGCAAAGAAGUCAAAGUCCACGAGAAAUACGACGGCGAACUUAUCAUCAACGAUAUUGCUGUUAUCAAACUUCCUGAAGCUGUGACAUUCACUGAUGCUAUCAAAGCUGUGGCUUUGCCGAGCAAAGCUGAUGCUAAUAACACUUUCGAGGGUGAAACUGCGAGGAUCAGUGGUUGGGGUUUGACUGAUGGUUUCGGUGAUAAGCUUUCCGAUGUUCUGAAUUAUGUGGAUGUUAAAGUCAUCAGUAAUGAUAAAUGUGGAAAAGCUUUCGGUGAGCUUCAAGAUUCGAUCGUGUGCACGUCCGGUGAUGAAAAUACUGGAUCCUGCAGUGGGGAUUCUGGUGGUCCUCUUGCUAUCAAUGACACGCAAAUUGGUGUUGUCUCUUUCGGGGUCAUCUACUGCUUGCCUGGAUACCCCUCAGCUUUCUCCAGAGUUACCAGCUUCUUGGACUGGAUUGCAACUAACUCUGAUGUUGUUAUCAAUUAAUAAGUUAUUCAUUUUGUAUUUAUUUCAAUUGAAAUAAAGCUUUUUCUAAGAA